UUUGCAUUGGGCGAAAACCGCCGUCUGAAGAAAGGAGACGCGGCUUCAUUUCAGUAAAAGUGGAUAAGAGAGACGAAAUCGACAAUGGAAAUCGCCGCUACCAACUUCUUUCUCUCCGCAAAUCCCAAGGUUAUAUAUCAUAAGCAGACAGCAGAUUGCUUUACUCCAAGCCUCACCUGCACAAGUGUGUCUUUUCCAAGUCAAAUAGUAUACAGUAGCAGAAAAAUUUCUUUGAGUAGAAGUAACAGAUUUCUUCCAGCUGCUUGUGCUGUGUUAUCAGAAGAUGUGAGUGUUUCUUCUUCUCAGUUUGAAGACUUCUCUGUCACUAGUGCUCUCAAUGAGAAUAGAGAACUAAAGAUUCGUGUAGAGGUGUCCGGUACCAAAACUCGAGCAAUUUUCAACAAUGUUUUUGAUGAAAUGGUUGCUGAAGCCCAGCCUAUUCCAGGUUUUCGAAGAGUGAAAGGAGGAAAGACGCCGAAUAUACCCAGAGACAUUCUAUUAGAGAUACUAGGACCUUCUAGGGUGUACAAGCAAGUUAUCAAGAAAGUUAUCAACUCUACUGUUGCUGCAUAUGUGGAAAAGCAGGAAGCUCUAAAAGUGGGUAAAGACUUGAGAAUAGAGCAAAGCUACGAAGAUCUUGAAGAUCAGUUUGAACCAGAUGAAAAUUUCUUUUUUGAUGCCAUUAUUCAGCUCAACAAAACAAACUAAACUGUUGAGCUAUGUCUAAUUUACUUCCACUCAAAUAUAUUGCAAUUUCUUCCAUGAAUUUCUUUGCUAGGUUGGGCAUUAUUUGUUCUUGGUUGAAGGCUAUCAUCAAUUCAACUAGAGUUAUGCUUGGAAUCGCUUUUAACUAAGAUAUAAAAUCUUUCUGGUUUAAAUAUUA